ACAAUUUCAAUUUCAAGGCCACCAACUUCUCUCUCCUUUGUAUUGAUUUUGCUCUUCCCUUCACGAUUCCCUUGUAAGCUACCUACCUAUAAGUUCAUAUGGCCACGUCAGCUGCACUUCGAUCCCUCGUGGCGCCAUCGAGGCCUCUGAUUGGUGGAACUGCUCGGCUGCAUGCCACGCGUCUCCCUUAUCAGAGGCGCAACGCUUUCUCCGUCAAAUCGUCGAUCGAGGAUGGCCCCAAGGAACAGCAAGCACCAGUGACUGCGCCGACACCAGCCCCGCCUAAAUCUAGUCCGGCCACACCAAAGGUCAGCACCAAGUUCUCGGACGUGCUGGCGUUCGGAGGACCGGCGCCGGAGCGGAUCAACGGCAGGCUGGCCAUGGUGGGCUUCGUCGCGGCAAUGGCGGUCGAGUUGACCAAGGGCGACGACUUGGCCUCCCAGUUGGGCAGCGGCGGACUGUGGUGGUUCGCCGGGGCGACGGCGCUGCUCUCGCUGGCCUCACUCGUGCCCAUGUUCAAGGGCGUGAGCGCGCAGGCCAGGUCCGGUGGGGUGAUGACAUCGGAUGCCGAGCUGUGGAAUGGCAGGAUCGCGAUGCUCGGUCUGGUGGCCUUGGUCUUCACCGAGUACCUCAAGGGUGGCGCCCUCGUCUAGGCAGGCUGGUCGAAGCCAAGCCCACAUCGUUAAUUCUAUUAGGCUGGUCUGGUGCACACUAAGCUUGUACUCGCGCUCCCCCCAAAGCGUGUGUGUGUGUGUGUGUGUGAAUCUAUAGCCUCGAGAUGUCAUUCAUUAGCUUGUAGACAUACCCCUUGAAUUAAUAUAGCAAUGAAAGAUUCCAGAUAAGUAAAAUCUUCAUUACA